AUGAGUUACUACGACGACCAACCUCAGCGCACUCGUCGCUACGUGCGCGAGGAGCGUCGUGAGGAGAGGGUUGACCCUCGCUAUGCCGAAGACCCCUACCUGAGGGUUUACGAAUCUCGCCAACUGGUCCCCAGAGGCCGAGAGGAUAGCGAGCUCUCCAUCGAGGAGGUCCGCCGCGAUUUCCCACCUCCAGGUUACCGCGACUCGAGGAGGACCCGCUCUGCAGAGCCCGGCUACUAUGACGAAUACCGGGGCUACGAUGACCGGGACCGUUACUACGACCGCGAACGCGACUACGACCGCCGUGGCAAGAAGGCCGGCAGUCUCUACUACGAGGAAGAGAAGAGAUCCCGCCAACGCGUUCUGAACCAACAAGAAAAGAUUCUCGCUGCAGUUGCCGGUGCGGCCCUGGCAUUUGGCGGAAAGGAGCUAUACGAUCGCAAGGAGGCCAAGGAGCAUGGCGGUGAUGUUGAGCGCAACUACCUGACAUCUGCUGCUCUCGGUGCUGCCGGCGCACUCGCUGGUUACCAGGGUGCCGAGUUUUACAGCAAGCAUAAGGAAAAGGACGAGAAGAACGCAACCUACGUUCUGCACCGCGGCCGCGAUGGGAGAGUUACCGAAUACUAUUCCGACGAGGAGGGAGAGAAGGAAAAGAAGGGCUCCAAAUCCUUCUUGGAGAAUGCCUUGGCAGCCUCGGGACUCGGAGCCGCGGUCAAGGCCCUUACUGGCGCUGCUGGCGGCGGUCAUCACGAUGACAGGCGCAGUGACACCAGGAGUCGCAGGGGCAGUCCCGACUCACGAGGCACUGCUCGCUCCAGGUCUCGGGGCCCAGGCGGCGAGGCUGCGAACAAGAUGCAGAAGGCAGCCAUGGCUUCUCUGAUUGCCGGAGCCACAGAGGCUUUCCGUGUCGCAAAAGAGCCUGGCAGCUGGAAGGGUGAGAAGACGAAGCGCAUUCUCACAGCCGCUGCUGGUGCUGCCACCAUCGAUGCCGCCCACAGCGGCGAGAAGCAGAGCAAGCUGGGUCUGGCUGAAUCCGUCAUUGGUGGUCUCGUUGGAAAUCGCGUGAUCAACGGCUCCAAGCGAAACAUUGAGGAGGACCGCAGGACUGGCCGAAGCAGGUCCCGAUCCCGCGCUCGCUCGGACGGCGGCGGAGGCGGACCCGGUUUGGCCGCUCUGGCUACUGCCGGACUGGGCGCCUUUGGCGCAAAGAAGGCUAUCGAGAAUGUUCGUUCCCGCAGCCGAGGACCCAGUGCCGACUCUUACGACAGCCGGGCAUCCAGUCGUAGUCGCGACGGCCGACACCAGAGAAGCCGAAGCCGCAGCGUUGUCGACUCGGCCCGGAAGAAGCUUGCCAAGAUCGGUCUUGGCAGCGACCCUGACGACAGAGAAAGAGACAGAGCCCGGGAUGACAGUCACUACGAUGACCGAGGCUCCCGCCGUACCGUGAGCCGAAAGUACUCGGACGAAUAUGACGACGGUUACGACAGAGGCUAUGGACGUGGCGGACGCGACGCAUACGAUGACGACCGCUCGUCUUACACCAGCCGCCGCCGGGACCGGUCCCGACGCAGAGGAGGAAAAUCAGACGCGAGCUCUGAUUCCGAUCUUGGAGACUCGGAUGACGAUGAGAAGCGGGCGAAGAAGAUGAGAGGUAAGCAAGUGAUCACGACCGGCCUUGCGGCCGUUGCCACCAUUCACGCUGCACAUGGAGUCUAUCAGAGUAUGGAGAAACGCAAUGCACGGCAAAAGGCUGUUAGGGAAGGCCGUCUGAGCCCCCAAGAGGCAAAGAAGCUCAAAUCGAAAGCCAUCUUGCAAGACGCUGCUUCUGUUGGAAUUGCUGCCCUCGGUAUCAAGGGUGCCUGGUCAGAGCUCAAGGAAGCAAAAGAGUUGACCCACGAAUGCAAGCAAUUCCAACAGGAGAAGGCAAUCCGGCAUCAGAAACGAAUUGAAAGGCAGCGGAGGCUCAGGGGCGACGAUGGCGGCCGAAGGAGUAGGGAUGACGAUUGGUACACUUCAUCUUCUCCGCGAGCAGAUCGGUACGACUACGGGCCCGUCUAUCUCGACAGCAACCCGUACGCUGCCGGACCCUUGCCCGCGCCUCCUGUCGGUUAUGACAGGAGGUGA